CUCCAGAAUCUGUCCCCGAUAGCACAAGCAUGAACCUAGACGGUGCCACUGGUGACAUCCCUCGCUCAACCACACCUACGGACGACCCUCCGAUACCGAAGCCUCCCGACUUCUCUCUCAAGUUCUGCACUGUAUGCGCAAGUAAUCAGAAUCGGUACGUGUCUACCUCAACAUCAUAUGGAAACGGAAAUACUGACCCACCACAACAGCUCUAUGGAAGCCCACCACGUCCUGACGAAGCCACCUACAACACUCCCGGUCAUCUCCUUUGGCACCGGUUCUCAAGUCCGUCUCCCCGGGCCCUCAAUCAGCCAGCCCAACGUCUACCACUUCAACGGUCCCACCUACGACUCCAUCUACCGCGAACUCUCAUCCAAAGACACACGCUUGUACACCGCCAAUGGCCUUCUGCCCAUGCUGGCACGCAAUCGGGCCGUCAAGCGCUGCCCAGAGCGCUGGCAAGACUGGCAACCAGGUGUGCCGCGCCUCACACAUACAGCCGACCGAGGCGCCGCAGGCUGCGAGGGCGGAGUCGUCGAUGUGGUCAUUACGUGCGAGGAACGGUGUUGGGAUGCUGUCGUCGAUGAUCUGCUCAACAGGGGCAGUCCGCUGAAUAGGCCUGUUCAUGUGUUUAAUGUUGACAUCAAGGACAACCAUGAAGAGGCGCUGGUGGGCGGACGUGCCAUUCUCGACCUGGCCACGGUGCUCAACAAAGCGGCGGCAGAGGAGAGGGAUAGGUAUGGGAGCGGGGGCUGGGAGGACGGUGCCGGGGACGCGAGAGCAGGUUUUGAUGAGCGCGUGCCAGAUCUAUUAGCUGCGUGGCAGGAACGAUGGCCGAAUUUACCGGCGACGUGGACACUGGCGUGGUUUUAAGGGAAUGUUACUUUUCCGUCUUCGGGUUCUCUCUAUAUAUGCAUAGCGGUGGCGUUGGGGUUUCAUGACACGUCAUGAUAUGUAAGGCAUACGUAGAGCACUCAUGCUGGGCCAGACUGAUGGAAAGUCAAUACGUAUAUACCAACACUUGCUUGUUCGAUGAAUUUGAAUGAAGAGCCGAGAAACGUAACAUAUGCAGAUCUAUCUCGUGUAGAGUCACUCCCGUAGAUGCAUCUGCCUAGAGCUUCAUUCACCAGUUUGACAGAGCAGAUCGCAGAGCGUUGUAAGUAGUUAUUUUCGAUGGACACGAAGUCCUGGCUCGAUGUA